AUGGCUCGGAGGAGGACGAGUCGAGAAAAGUUGGUGUCUUUCAUCAACAACAGAUGGUUAGUGUUUGUGGCGGCCAUGUGGAUUCAGUCAUGCGCUGGGAUCGGUUACUUGUUCGGUAGCAUAUCGCCGGUGAUCAAGAGCUCCUUGAACUACAACCAGAAACAGCUCUCCAGGCUCGGUGUUGCAAAAGAUCUCGGCGACAGUGUCGGCUUCCUCGCUGGUACUCUCUCCGAGAUCUUGCCUCUCUGGGCCGCUCUUCUUGUUGGGUCACUCCAGAACCUUGUCGGCUAUGGUUGGGUCUGGCUCAUCGUCACCGGUCGAGCUCCGAUUCUCCCCUUAUGGGCUAUGUGUAUCCUCAUAUUCGUUGGGAACAACGGGGAGACCUACUUCAACACGGCUACACUAGUCUCCGGUGUUCAGAAUUUCCCCAAGAGCCGUGGUCCUGUGGUUGGUAUCCUCAAGGGCUUUGCUGGCCUUGGCGGUGCCAUCCUCUCUCAGAUUUACACUACGAUCCACUCCUCUGACCGUGCAUCCCUCAUCUUCAUGGUUGCAGUUGCCCCAGCUGUUGUUGUUGUUCCUCUCAUGUUCUUCAUCAGACCCGUUGGUGGUCACAGGCAGAUCCGUGCUUCCGAUGGCACCAGCUUCACCAUCAUCUAUGCCGUCUGCAUUCUACUCGCUGCCUACCUCAUGGCAGUGAUGCUUAUUGAAGAUUUCAUUGACCUUAGCCAUUCAAUCAUCACUGCUUUCACCAUUGUCUUGUUUGCAAUCCUUCUUGUACCCAUCUUUAUCCCCAUCGCUACAAGUUGCUUCACAGCAUCAACCGACCCUUGUGACACGCUAGAAGAACCUCUCGUCGGAGAUCAGCAAGGCCAGGAUCCAGGAUCAGCCUCUGACCGUGAUCCUGAGCUUAUUUUGAGUGAAGUCGAAGACGAGAAACCGAAAGAGGUAGAUCUGCUUCCUGCAUUGGAGAGGCAUAAGAGAAUUGCUCAGUUGCAAGCAAAGCUGAUGCAGGCAGCUGCAGAGGGUGCAGUUCGGGUCAAGAGACGGAGAGGACCUCACAGAGGCGAGGAUUUUACUUUAAUGCAGGCACUUGUGAAAGCCGAUUUCUGGCUCAUAUUCUUCUCACUCUUGCUCGGAUCUGGUUCGGGUCUAACAGUUAUAGACAACCUUGGGCAGAUGAGUCAGUCUCUGGGGUACGAUAACACUCACGUUUUUGUCUCGAUGAUUAGCAUUUGGAACUUCCUUGGACGCAUCGGUGGCGGCUAUUUCUCCGAACUCAUCGUCAGGAACUAUGCAUACCCAAGACCGAUUGCUAUCGCAGUGGCUCAGCUUGUAAUGUCAGUAGGACACAUCUUCUUUGCAUAUGGAUGGCCUGGAGCUAUGCACAUUGGCACACUAUUGAUUGGACUUGGCUAUGGUGCUCACUGGGCCAUUGUCCCAGCCACUGCCUCUGAGCUCUUUGGUCUCAAAAAGUUUGGAGCUUUAUACAAUUUCCUGACGCUAGCCAACCCGGCUGGGUCCUUAGUCUUUUCGGGUCUGAUUGCAAGCUCCAUAUAUGACCGUGAAGCAGAGCGGCAAGCACAUGGAUCAUUGUUUGGUGCUGACGAUGUCCUGAGAUGCCAAGGUUCUAUCUGUUACUUCUUGACGUCACUCAUAAUGUCUGGGUUCUGCCUCAUCGCAGCCGCCUUGAGUAUGAUUCUUGUACAACGUACCAAGUCAGUUUACACAAAUCUCUACGGCAACACCCGCAGCUGA